AUGGUGCCGGGCUCGUUCUACGAAUGCAUCGGAGGCCCAUUAAGCGCCGGUGGCGGUGUUUCUCGUCGUCCAGUGGUUGAUAUUACGCCCGCGCGUUUGGGCUCCAAGUACCCAGCGCAGCAAUUGAACUACCCAUGGGGCUUCAGAUAG